GUAUAUUAAGUGGAUGAUUAGUCGUUUCUUCCUAAUUUUUUAUCGCUUUUAAUCGUUGCACGUAAUUCUUCAUCAUAAAAAUGUGGAAUCGCAAGGUUCUCGUCAGAAUAAUCGAAGUGCUGCUUUGCAUCGCAUGCGUGGUAGCUCUCAGAGUGACGGAUGACGAAAGCAGAAGAGUAUUUCAUUAUUUGAGGAAUCGCAGCAGAGAGUGGUCGCUUUUGAAUAACGUUACAUGGGGUACCAUAGGUGCCGCUCUUGCAACAGCGACUUGCGGUGGCUACGUCAUCAUAACUGCGGGUCUUCUUAUUGCCGCGGCAACUAAUGAACUUACGGGCCGAAAAACGGAGAUCUUCUUCCUUGGUCUCGGUGUGAUCCUUUUUGGAAUCGUCGGUGCUCUUGCUUUAGCAUCAAUCGAGAGUAUUCCAGAGGAUUUGAUCGACAAUGCUGCAGUUCUCGGUGCACUCGCUCUAAUCACCGCUCUUGUAUUCAUCGCAGAUCUGUUGAUAUCUCCUCCUCGUAAAAAGGAUAAGCAGGAAGUGCGAAUAGACAACGAUAAGACAGACUCAGCCAAGCAACCCACCAUGACCACGAUGACGACGGAAAAGGAAAUGAAGUCGUCGAAAGAAAAGAAAAGUACGAAAUCGGAGGAAGAAUCGAAGGAAAUCAACGGUAAUGUAAAUAAUGGAUUCGAGAAGAUAGACGAUCGAAGACGGAUGGAGAUCCAUGAAGAAGAUCCCGACAAACGACUCGAACAACUCUCAUACGACAAUUAUCAGUUGGAAAGAAAUCGUAAUUUCGAUAACGUUGGGAGAGAAUUACGAGAGCACAAACAGAAUUUUGAAAAUGGACGCGUUUUGAGAAACUCUCAACGGUAUAGGGAAGCGGAGACUCUUCAAGGAAACAGUGCUGCGAAUAGAUCGUUUGACGACGAUCGUAGAUCCGAGGAUUCGAGGAUCAUUUAUAAAACUCGGGAUAUUUAUCAACGACCCAUCGACGAAGUCGAUACACCACCGUUUCCUACUAAUUUUGGCCGAGGUAACGAGCCUACCUUCGGUAAGAUCGUAAAUCCUAGUGUGAAGAUAAUGAAGAUCCAACAUGACGUAAACGAACCUCUUGAUUCUUACAGAUAUUCCGACACUAGUCAAUAUGACAAUGUACCAGUAAGGAUGAGAGGAACAUCAUCGGGUAUCUUGAAAAAAGAUCGUGGAGUUUCUUUGGCUCUAAAAACUCCUAGCAAAUUAGAUGAGAGGAGCAAAAAUGAGAUCGAAAUGCUGGAAGAAUGUUUCAGUUCUCUCAGAUCGACAGGAACUCAAACUGGCGUUCGUACACCUUCCUCACCCACAGAUCCUGGAUAUGUUCGUCAUACUGCAAGCAAUUGGCCUCACGAUGUCAAGGCAAAAACACCUGGCUCUAGUCCAGAGCAUAACAGGAAUUAGUAAAACUUUUGAUUAAUUUUUAUCGUUAAAUUCAUUAACUAUUAUUAUACUCUGUAAAAAUUUUCGCACACGCAUACAUACACACACGUACACGCGUCCCAUUGAAUUUUCUGUUAUCCACAAAUGAACUUGAACCAACCAUAUUGGAAAAUUUGUACAAAACAUUUUUAUCAUUUAACCGUACCAUGUUUUACAAACCCCGGUGUUCAGAAAAAUAACAUUUUACGUUCAUUCACGAUUCACGUUGGGUAUAGGUACAAAUUUUAAUAUAAAGUUAAGAAUCUUUCUUCACAUCAUAUCUCUAUAUGCAUACAUACAAUUAUUAUUAAUAUUAUUAAUAUUAUUAUUAUAUAUAAUAAUUAAUAUUAUAAUUAUUAUUAAUAUUAUUUUUUUUAUUAUUUUUAUUAUAUCAUCUUGUGAUAAUAUGUAGUCUCUAUCUGUUAGUCUCUUGAAAACGUAAUCAUUAAGAUUAGUCUUACCGGCUUGUUGCGGAUUUACAUAUUUUAUCUCUCUCUCUCUCUCUCUCUCUC